AUGCGCACGCAAUCGUGCCCGGACAACGGAUGGGCAGCACUUGGCGGGAAAAAGAGCUGGGCAAUGGGCAUGCUCGCCCUUGUGACACGCAGACUCUUGACUCUUGGGCGUUUGCAGAUGCAAGCGAAUCAUGCCGGGGUCGAGAAAGACGCGGCUAUCCACAGACUUCCGGAUGCAAAAAUUUCUAGUCCCAUCGGCAGGAUGGAUGACAUGCAAUACCUUUGCAACGCUGCUGCUUUCAUGCGGCGUCAUCCUUACGCUGGGCUGGCAUGGCUCUGGUACUCCGUACCGUACGGUCGCCAGGCUGAGAUGAUGAAGGCUGCAUGUGUACGGUGCAUCGCCUUGAACGAGCAAGAGUCAGAGCUAAGCGUCUGCCUUUCAACCGUCGCGACUGCAGUAGUACAGACUGUAGAAUACGGUAUACCGUACACAGCUGCGGGGCACGAUUCAAAAAGCGGUCACUUCAGCUUGCUCAGCCUGCACACUGCACAGCUGGAGCUUUCAUGCCGCCGCGUCUGCUCCGGAAUCCGCAUGAUUCCCAUGAUGAUGACAUGUUGGUUUGACCAACCGCCGAAGCCCACCUGCCGCACGACUCAUCUAAUGUCGCGUAUGACAACCACUACCACUAGAAGUACCACCUCGUGCAUUGUCUUUGCGACGUAUGUCCGUCCAUUCCUGCCCAGGCCGUCCAGCCGUCAGAUUAUUGUCGCAGGCAGCAGGCUGGAUGGAUAUCAUUCCCCGUGCUACAUCCCAUCCCGUCAACUCGCUGCAUCAUUCGUCGCAGUAUUAUUGCACCUUGCCCAUCUACGCUACACCCGCGGCAUCCUUCGAGGCACGCGAAUCUCUGAGAGACACAUGCCUUGUUUCCUACCACAUACAUGCAUGGCUUACGACUGGCUAUUCCUCGGCCAGCCUAUGACCUACAGAGUGCAGAGCUUGGCCAAGAACUGGGAUGUGGAUGCAACCUGCGGCACAUGGCGCCCCAUGCCAGCAUUAAUUGCAGAUGCAUUUCCACGAUCGCCGACAACCACUCGUGAUCAAUUGCUGAUAUCGGCCGCCAAACGUGCUUUCAGACGGUCUCAUCAACAGCCCAGCCCAGCCCCGCCCCGCCCAGCCCCGGUCUACAGACAUCCUGUGCGAUGGACACCAUCCGCGGGAAUUGGAAUCGAAGUAUACAGUACAUUGGCGUCGCAAAUCAAGCCCAGACCUCCAGGAUGUCACAUAACCAUGCUGUGA